AUGGUGCUGUACGUUGCCGCUGGGCCCCCAAAUGGCCUGGAUGAUAUUUGGGCUGUUCCGUGUGCAGUUCUUGAGCAAGAUGGACGACCUGUUGCUGCUGGUAUUAAUUUUGUUGUAAGGAAUAUUGUGUUUGAGCGGAGUGUUGCUCGGGUUACAGCACAUGUGAUUGCACAUGCCCUUGGCUUCAGCUAUGGGCGUAUGAAAGCACUUAACAUGAUUUCAAAUGUAACGAAUAAGCGCAAGGACAACAAAGCGGUUGUAGUGAAAUCAGAAAAAAAAAACGAAGGAGAUGGCAAAGGAGUACUUUAA